AUGGAAACCGAGGAAAACAACCGGCUACCAUACCUCGACAUGAUAGUUACCAGAAAACCUAACCAAAAAUUAACUACCGAAUGGUACAAGAAAAACAUAGCUUCCGGACGUAUGCUAAGCUACGAUUCUUGCCACCAACUCAAACACAAGAUCAACGUCGCCAGGAAUUUCAUCCACCGAGUCACCUUCAUGUCACGAAAUCCAACAGAACAGAAUCCGAUCCAAGUUAUUCAUGAAAUCCUACAGAUGAAUAACUAUCCCAAGACCCUCAUAAACCGCUUCAUCAACCUACAACAACAGAAAAAUAUUACUGCACCUCCCCAAACUUAUGUUCAACCCAUCGUGCCACCCACCGAGCCACCUACUCAUACUGUUCUAAACAUCAUGGAAACAAGUGCCAUCGAUCCACCAUCCGCCAAUCCACCUCCUGCAGAACCGCCACCAGCCGAACCACCAACCACCGAUCCAUCACCCACAGCCCCACCAACCAGGCGAGAAAAUCACCCAAGCCAAAGCACAACGAAACAGCAAAUCCUCCAAACCGACCGAUUAAACUCCAGCCAGCCAAAUCGCAUCACCGAGCCACCAUCCACCGACCAAAACACAGCAAACAUGAUCGAAGAAAUUCCAGCAGACCAACUCAUAACCACUUCACUUCACCAGAACGUUCCAUCCAAUAAUCCAGAGCAAUCACCAACAAAUCCAGCCAAGUCCACUCCAAAUAAUCCGGAAGACAGCAUGCCAUCGAUUCCCAAGCCAACGAGGUAUUUCUCUAUUCCAUUUAUUCCCAAUUUAACGGAAAAGUUGGGAAAAAUGUUGAAACCCGACUAUCCAUCCAUCGUCAUCGCAAGUAAACAAAUUAAUUCCAUGGCAAACCUAUACCUACAGCAAAAUGAAAGAUCCCAUCGUCAAAGAGGAUCGAUCCAAACUCAUAUACUCCAUACCCUGUCUCGACUGUGA